CGUCGACCACAGAGCAUCAAAUUACAACAUCCGUCAUUCAACAAACUCUAUUUGAUUAAUAGAAUUUACAAGUUUAGUGAUUUGUAUUUUGUUAAUUGAAUGUUAAGCAAUUCUAGUGAUAAAAUUUUCUUUAAGCUGGAUUUAAUAUGGCCCUAUGUUGUGCAAUAUCAAAUGAAGUGCCAGAAGUCCCAGUUGUUUCUCCGUCGUCGGGAGCAGUGUUCGAGAGACGUAUUAUAGAAAAAUAUAUAAUUGAAAAUGGCGUGGAUCCAAUUAGCGGGAAAGAGUUAAAAGUGGAGGAUCUUAUUGAAAUUAAAACACCGCCAAUAGUAAAGCCGAAGCCCCCAAGUGCCACAUCUAUCCCGGCCACACUGAAGAGCAUGCAGGAUGAGUGGGAUGCCCUGAUGUUGCACACAUUCACACAGCGCCAGCAGCUGCAGACUGCUAGACAGGAGCUGAGCCAUGCACUAUACCAGCACGAUGCGGCGUGCCGAGUCAUCGCACGCCUCACCAAGGAGGUGACGGCGGCGCGCGAGGCCCUCGCCACGCUCAAGCCGCAAGUGGCUGUUGUCGCGCCGCAGCCCACCCAUGCGCCGGAAGCGGCGGCGGCGGGCGGCGGCGGCGCGGCGGCGGUGGGCAUGUCGGGCGAGGUGGUCUCGCGGCUACAGGAACGCGCCACCGCGCUCACGCAGGAGCGCAAGCGCCGCGGCCGCACCGUGCCCGAGGGACUGCUGCCCCCCGAUCAGAUACGCUCCUUCCUCACACUCGCUUCCCAUCCGGGUCUGCACUCUGCGAGUGUGCCGGGUAUCCUGGCCCUGGACAUCAACCCCUCGGACCAGAGUCGGCUGCUGACGGGCGGCAACGACCGCAACGCGACCGUCUUCAACAAGGACACGGAGCAGGUCGUCGCCAUCCUGAAGGGGCACACCAAGAAGGUGACGCGCGUCAUCUACCACCCCGACGAGGACACCGUCAUCACCGCCUCCCCCGACCACACCAUACGCGUCUGGAACGUGCCCACAUCACAAACAUCUGUAAUCCUGCGGUCGCACGAGGGCCCGGUGACGGGGCUGUCGCUGCACCCGACCGGCGACUACGUGCUGUCCACCUCCACGGACCAGCACUGGGCGUUCUCCGACAUCCGCACCGGCGCCCUGCUCACCAAGGUUAGCGACUCCUCCGGCGUCAGCCUCACCACCGCGCAGUUCCAUCCCGACGGCCUCAUCUUCGGCACGGGUACCGAGAACUCGCAGGUCAAGAUUUGGGACCUGAAGGAGCAGAGCAACGUGGCCAACUUCCCCGGCCACGUGGGACCCGUCACUUCGAUAUCGUUCUCGGAGAACGGUUACUACCUUGCGACGGCGGCGGAGGACGCAUGCGUCAAGCUUUGGGAUCUGCGCAAGCUGAAGAACUUCAAGACGAUCCAGCUGGAGGAGGGGUACGUGAUCAAGGAGCUGUGCUUCGACCAGAGCGGCACCUACCUGGCCAUCGCGGGCAGCGACGUGCGCGUCUACCUCUGCCGCCAGUGGCAGGAGCUGAAGGUGUUCAACGACCACACCGCCUCCGCCACCGGCGUGCGCUUCGGCCGCCACGCGCACUACCUCGCCUCCACCAGCAUGGACCGCACGCUCAAACUCUACGGACUCGAGUGACACUCGCCGUGGCUUAUGUAACCCGAAAUCUCCUCGUUGUCGUCGUAAGGUAGGGAGAUAUUAACAUUUUAUGAACCCACUUUUCAUCACAGCUGUUAAUGAUGAAUUGGACCAAUGUGGCGAAAUGUGAAGCCAGAGUAUGUAAUUUAAGAAUUAAUACUGAACAUUUUUUA